AUGCCGAGCUACUUUUUGGAUAAAGAUACAGUUCGUACUCGUAAUGAUGCUUGCCUUUUAUUAAAUCGAUGUUUUGAACAAUUUGCAUCAAUAUCAAUCAAUCAUAAUAAUAAUAAUUGGAUUAAACCGAUUUAUACUGAAUUAUCAGAUAUUCGUAGAGCUGAACAAAAAUUUCAGACAAAUGUGUUCUAUCAUGUUCUUGAAAUAUUAUCGGAACAUAAAUCAAUUUAUAAAUAUUGGAAAAAACGUUUUAAACAAAACGAUAAAUUUUAUGAUAUAACUAUUGAAAAAGGUAUACAAGCAGUGAAUAAUUAUCAUUCAUUUACAAAUGGCUAUAUUCAACGUGGACCGUGUAGUUUAACACAAGAAUUUCGUUCAAUUAAUAAAGAAACAUCAAUUGAUUAUGUAUUGACAACAAAUGUCAGUGAUGAAGGUAAUGUUAUUAUGCGUAUUAUUAUUGUUCUUGUCAAUUUUAAUAAUAAUUUAUUAAGAACAUUGGAGACAUAUAUAAAUGAUAUAUUUGAACAUAAUUGUAUAAUUAAAAAUUUAUUAGAUACAUUUAAUAAACAAACAAUAGCCAUUUCACAAUUAGCUAGUAGUAAAAUGUUGAUAGGAAUAAUUUAUUUAGAUGAUUGGGAAUGUGAACAAAAUGAACAAAUAUCAAUGGCAUCAUUAUUUCAUUCUUAUAAUGGACCAUUAAAUUUUAAUUUUAAUUAUAUACAGUCAUAUUUUAUACGACGUUAUUUACUUGUUCAUUUUAAAAUUAAUUAUCAUGAUAUUCAUCAUCAAUAUAUAUUUAAUAUUGAUAGAAAGAAAAAUUUAAAUGAUAAUAAAGUGUAUUCAAUUGACAAUGAUUUAGUUUUAAAUAUAUUAGAUAAUGCAGCUAAAACGCGUAACUGUCACCCUCAGCUGCGGUUGAAAAACUGCCAUGAAGUUUUCAUGGAGAGAAAGAAAUCGGUGUUUCUCCACAAGAACUUCAUGGUACUUCUUGAAGAAAUACUGUUUCUCCAUAAGAAGUUAACGGUAUUUCCUGCAGAAAUCGGUGUGUCUGCACCCGAACUUCAUGCUACUCUUUAA